AUGGUUACAGUUAUCACUGGUAAAAGCGGGAAACAAAUACUUAUAAGAAGUAAAGAUGACAUUGACAAUUCCUUUUCGUUUUUAGAUGUCAUUGAGCGUGUUGACAACUUGCCUGAAGAUUAUGCCAUAUCAGAGGAGUUUAAAAAAAAUGUUUACUAUCUGACAACGCAUACAGGGGUUAAGAUUGGGUUUGUAUGUAGAUUUGUGGUGCAAGAAAUGAAACGGGUUAAUUUUAGGUUAAUGGAGAAAAUGUUUACGGUUGAUGAAACCCAACAUGAGAUUAGGUUUACUUCUGAUUCUUUCGAGACAAGGAAUGAACAGAUAGCAUCGCUAGCCCAUGAAAUGUGCCAAACGUCCACUAUAGAAGGUGUUAAAGGAUGGAGGAACGAAAGGUAUCCGGUAUGGGUUGAUAAGACGCCUUACGUUUUAGUUGAAAGAGCAGCUGCCGGCAUCCUCGGAAUUGUUACAUAUGGUGUCCAUAUAAAUGGUUAUUUGUACGAUUCCGUGACGGGAGAAAUAAAAUUUUGGGUUCCGAGAAGGUCCGCUACGAAACCAACCUGGCCAUCGUUGUUGGAUAAUACUGUUGCAGGGGGUAUUGGAUACCCUUGUGGUGUUUAUGAAACUGUUUUAAAAGAAGCAUCGGAGGAGGCCAGUUUAAAAAAAGAUAUGAUUGAAGAGAAUGUCAUAUCAACCGGUGUGGUGACCUAUUUAUUUUAUCAAGGAAACACAAAGUUAGAAAAAUUUAAUACAGAAAAUAGCUUUAUUGUGGGAGAAGUUGAACAUACGUUCGAUUUGUUUUUUCCAAAUGGCACCAUUCCAACUCCGAACGAUAAUGAAGUGGAGUCCUUCAAACUCCUUACAUUGCAGCAGGUCAUUGAUGCACUACAAAACAAUGAAUUCAAACCAAAUUGUGGACUAAUUCUUGUCGAUUUUCUAAUCAGACAUGGAUAUAUAACCGCUGAGAAUGAACCAAAUUAUAUCGAAAUUGUAUGUAGGAUGCACAGAAAGUUACCAUUUCCACUUUUAAGUUGA